CUUAACAUUUCAGAGGGAAGAAAGAUGGACCGAUCUACUUUAACCAAGAGAUGUGUACAUGUUGAAGAACCAAGUGAAAAAUUGAAUCAGGAUGAUAUGAGAAAAUAUUUUCCAUCGGUUGUAAAAAUUUCUAUGUUUGAAUGUCCGUCGCCAAAUGAGGACGACCCAACAAAUAAUUGGCUAUUAUUGUUUGCUUCUGAAGAGGAUGCUGAGGACUGUGUUAAAAAGAAAAGACUAAAGGUUGAAGAUGACUAUUAUCUUAUGAUACACCAAUGUCAGAGACCAUGUGAUAUUCCACAUGACUGGUUUCAGGAAGAAAGUUCAGGGGACUCUUUUGACAUAGCAGGAGCAACAAACCAACCAGAAGGAGCAACAAACCAACCACCAAAAUAUAAUGACAUAUAUCCUGUUGAAAAUAUGCCUGUGCCAGGACCAACUUUUCAACAGCAACCCCAAGGUGACCAAGGUCAGCCAUAUGGACCAUACCCAGGACCAGGACCAGGAUAUCUUUAUAAUAAUCCGCAUCAGCCACCACCAUAUGCAGGACACUCAUCACAACCUGAUUUACAAAUACCACCGUCUCAUCAAGAUUUGAAAAGACCACAACCUGAGCAUGAGAUGAAUAGACCACCACCUGGUGAAAAAAUGCCAAAAAUAGAAUAUCCAUAUGGACCUGGUCCUGGCUUCUACAAUCCACAAGUUCCAGGAGAAUACAAUCAACAUGUACCUGGAGCCUACAUGCCUCCUGUGUCUUGGCCAAAUCCAUAUUAUGGACCUCAUGAACAAAAUACAAAUGAGAAGAGAGGUCCUGAUGAUGUUCCAGGUCCUUCAGUUCAUCCUUAUCCUUAUUAUCAGUACUAUCAAGGUUAUCCUGGAUAUCCAGUCUUUCCAAAUUAUCCUCAUCAACAUGAUGAUGGACAUCAAUAUCAAACAAAAGGUGGACAGCAUCCACAACCUCACAUGGGACCAUCAAAUAUGCCAAUGGGACCAAAUGAUCCUUAUCAACAUCAUGGUCACGUGGGAAUACCACAACCAGGACUAGGAGGACAAGUUCCACAUUAUCCUCCAGGUGGGCCACCAGUAGACCAGGACCAUACUAAUGUUAAAAGCCCAAUUCAUAAACCUUAUGUUAAUACACAAGAAGAUAAUUCAGAAAAGAAUGAUGAGUAUAACUCUGAUCAGUCAUUUCAAUCAGUAGGAUCUAACAAAGAUGAGGGGAGAGACUUUGAAUCAAUGGAAUCUGGAAGAGCAACUGAAUGUUCUCAGGAGACUUCAUCUACCAAUAUAGAGGAGAAAAAAGAUACUUUUGAGGAGAGUCAACAGAGCAUCAAGAUGAUAAAAGUCUCUAACAUACCUCCUGGUUCCUCAGAAGAUUCCAUCAGAUUUUUCUUUGAAAACAAGAGAAAGUCUGGAGGUGGUGACAUUGAGGAUCUUGAUUAUGAUGAAGACAGUCAUUCUGCUAUUAUUACGUUUGAGGAAGAGGAUGUUGCUGAACGUGUUAUCAGCCGAAUGCCAUUACUGUUUGAGAAGAAAAGGAUUGAUGUUGAGAUAUUUUUACCACGUCAACCCACACCAGAUGUAGAGGAAGAUGGACAAGCCUCAGGGAAUGAAGACAAAGGCGAAAUGCCUACUGAGUUUGUUAUAGAAGUAAGGGGAAUGAAACCAACCACAUCUGAAGAUACCAUAAGAUACUAUUUUGAAAGCCGCAAAGUUGCAAAUGCGGAAGUUGUAAAGAUGGAAUUUAUUGAAGAGAAAGAAAUGUAUAUGAUCUGGUUUGAGGAGGAAAGUGCCAUUGAAGCAGUAAUGAGUAAAAGCCUUCGAGUUGAUGGACAGACACUGAAUGCAAAACGAUAUGUCCCACCACCUCCACCAAAACCAGUUCCAAAGUAUGAUAAUAAAGUGUUCAUUACAAAUAUCAGUCCUACAACUACUAAAGAUGGACUGGAGAAUUUCCUGGAAGCUAAAUCUAAAGGUAUUCCAGAAGAGAUUAUAUUUGGAGAGGCAGAAGGCACAGCAUUAGUUACAUUUGAACAUCCACCAGAUAUGGAGAAAUUACAGACAGCCUGUAUGAAGAGACCAUUGGAUGGCAGCCAUCUUAGCAUACACCCAGUUCCAAUUACAGACUGUAUUGUUGUCACUGAUUACAAAGACAAAACAUCAUCAGACACAAUGGAAUACUACUUUGACAAUAAAAGGAGAUCAGGGGUGGAAGGUGUAAGGGAAGUGAAGUUUGUUCAGGAUGAAGGGAAAUGUCUGGUGUACUUCACUGAUCCUGAUAGUGCACUCCAGGUUUGUAACAGAAAACACACAGUUGAAGGUCAUCUUCUUAAAGUACAGGUGUACUAUGAAUGUCUAGGUCAGGCUGCUCUAGAUGAUGAUGGACCAAAAUUCAAAUCCCUUAAACCAAUUGUGAUACAAAACCUAAAUCCAAAGAAAAUUGAAUUCCUUCUCAAUUCUGACACAAAUAAAAUGGCUUUUGAGAAACAACUUUCACGACACUACGCAGAUGUUGAAUGGCCAGAUAUCAAAGAGAUAAAGGAUACAAUUAAGGUCAACUGUACUUUAACAGAGGAAGUCAAGGACUGCAGAAAAUUGGCCAAAACCUGGUCUAAAGCAGUAACAACAGAAGCUGAGAAAUUUUUCAGCAUGUUAACUGUGAAUGAAAUCCAAACCUUGCAGGAAGCUUGGGAGGGUGUGUUGAAACAUCUAAGAGAAAUCAGUAUUUCUAAUCCUGAAAGUGUAGCCAUCAAAGUUGCCAAAGAAGACUGUAAGAUAGUUAUCGUAGGCCAUAAGAUUCCUGUUGAUGAGGUUGCAGAAAAAGUUGACAGUAUCAUUCAAGAUGUUGCUACUGAGCAUGAUAGGAAAAAACUUCAAGUUACUGAAGAAGUUAGUCUUAAACACUUUCAGCUUCUUGUAUUACUGUAUUUACAUUUUUUGGAUAAAAUGAAAAAGGAAUUUGAAGGACUUUGUGUCCAGGUAAAUAUGAAAAAGCAUAUAAUGAUCUUCACAGGAAUGACAAGUCAUGUUAAUGCAGCUAAGGUUAAGAUGUUUGAACAGAUACAGGAAAUAACUGGUGCAACUGCUGGGAAAUUUUCUGCUGGAUAUAUAGAAUUUUUGAAAAUACCAGAGGUUAAGACAUAUGUUGGUCAGCAAAUUAAGCAGAAGGGAGUUUUAGGGGUUUGGAGUGUUGAAGAGGGAAAUGUUAUUACAAUGUAUUCCUUGUCAGAUGAAGGUGCUGUGACUGCUUGUGAUGUGCUAAAGAAAUCAAUCAUUGAAGCUCCAAUAAAUCUUGAUGACAAACAGUGUGCUUUGAUAGGUACUGACACAUUGAAUGAAGAAAUCAAGACUGUGCAAAUGGAAUACCAGAAAGCUUUGGUUAAAAUUGUUGUGGCUGAUACAAAAACCAUUGUUAUUUAUCAGACUUCAGCAGAAGAUGAAGGAAUCGUGAAAGAAAAAGUCAAUGACAUCUUUUACCGCCAUGCUAUAUCUGAGGAAAAAUUACAGCUGCCAAGUUCAGAGUUGAGAUUGUUACAAGAACAGUACCAAACAGAAAUAAGUACUCUUAAAGAACAGUUUGCAAAAGAUCAUGUGACAUUGAACAUUGAUAAUAUCCGUGUUUUUAUUCAAGGAAAUUCAAAUGGAGUUAAAGACGCAAAGAAGAAGAUUGAUGUUAUACUCCAAUCUAUAUAUAGAAAGAAAUACACCAUAAAAAAAGCUGGCAUUGUGCGACAUAUGACAAGUGAACAAGGACAAGCCAAAAUUAGUCAAGUGGAAAAAAGGAACAAAGUUGUUGUACAACUACAGACAGGCAUUGACAGUGAUGAUGAGGAAGACAGACCUAUGUCUCAGCCAAUCUCACCAAGAAGAACAUACACAGAGACAGCUAUGUGUACCAUACCUUCAGGACAGACAAUUAUCACUGUUGUGGGUGAUAUUACAGAACUUGAUGUUGAUGUUAUUGUUAAUGCUGCCAAUAAGGAGCUUAAACAUGUAGGAGGACUGGCUAAAGUUAUUGUUGACAAAGGUGGCAAAAGCAUACAGAAAGAAUGUGAUGAUUAUGUUGGUUCCAAAAACAAAUCCAGAAGAAUGUAUGAAGGAGAAAUUUUCUGUAGUUCUCCUGGUAACCUCAACUGCAAAAUGAUUGCUCAUGCAGUUGGACCUGUCUGGCAGAAUGGUCGCCAAUCAGAAGAUGAAUAUUUAAGUGAAUGUAUACAGGCAUCUUUAGAGAAAACAGAAGAUAAGAAAUAUAGAAGUAUAGCAAUUCCAGCUUUAUGUACUGGUGUGUUUGGCUAUCCACCAAAUAAAGCUACCAAAGUAAUUGUAGAGGCAAUCCGCGAUUACAUGAGAGAGAAUGGAGCUGCAACACCAGUACGACAUAUCUACUUAUGUGAUGUUAAAGAAGAUGUUGUCGACCAUUUUGUAUCUGCUCUGGAGAGAUAUUUUGAUAAAACUAACAUUAAAAAGCAGAGGGGGAGAUCUGGCUUUGUUAGUAGUCCUCCAGUUAGAUCCAGACAUGCUUCUAAUGAUUAUGGUCCAAGUCCAUCACCCAGGAGACCAUCUAGUCCAGGCAGCCAUAUAACAGUCACACUUGUUAAAGGCCAGAUUGCUUCACAGGAGGUUGAUGUGAUUAUUAACACAACAUCGACAAGUCUACAGUUGAAUCAAGGAGCUGUGUCCCAGUCCCUACUGAAAAUGGGUGGUACAGGAAUACAGGCAGAGUGCAGCCAGAAAUAUUCCAAUGGUAUACAGCCUGGAGAGGUGGCUGAAACUUCAGGGGGGAAGUUAGAGUGUAAAAUGAUUUGUCAUGGUGCCCUGCCUGGCUUUAAUGGUACAUCAGCUAUGAAGAUUAUGGAAACCUUUAUGAAGAAUUGUCUACAGAUUGCCAAUGACAAUGGAUUUGUUUCUGUUGCCUUCCCUGCCCUGGGAACAGGAAAUCUGGGAUAUCCUAAAAAUCAAGUGGCUAAGAAUAUGUUUUCCUGUGUCGACAGAUUCUCCAGUAGUCAUCCUCGAUCAUCUGUUUGUGAUGUUAGAUUUGUUGUAUACGAAAAGGAUUACCCUACUAUCAAGGCAUUUGAGGAAGAACAAAGAAAAAGACAGAGUGGAGAAUAUGUCAGUAGACAGACACGAAAUCUUGGUCCUGAUGGAACAACAGAUCAAGAUCAAGGAGCAUCAGGUGGGUGGCAGCAGAGAGCCUUAGCUGACAAUAGACAGGCUAGUGUUGACAUUGGAGAUUUGACCUUGAAAGUUUACCAAGGGGACUUAACUGAGGCCACUGUUGAUGUUAUUGUUAAUGGUACUAACAGAGAACUAGACUUGACGAGAGGUGGUGUGUCUCAAGCUAUUCUCAAAAAAGGAGGAAGAGAACUAUCACAGCUAUUGUCAGUACCUGCAGCUAAGAAAGAAAUGAAGAGGGAAGGUGUUGCCACGACAACAGCAGGAAAUAAUUUCAGUUGUGACUUUAUAAUACAUAUCAAUAUGGAGGACAGUCAUGUGGACCUAAAGGAUAAAUUUAAAACUGUCCUGGAAAAAGUUGAUGAAUUGAACAAGAAAACAGUAGCAUUGCCAGCCUUAGGAGCAGGAAUAAGCUAUUCAAUAGACAAGGUUGCAGAGAAUCUAUUUGAAGCUUUGGUCAGUUUUCAAAGGAAGACUACAGAUAUCUCUGAAGUUCAUGUAGUAAUUUAUGAGAAGGACAAAGUAUCUCAAUUCCUGGCAGCCAUGCAGAACUGCUUACAGUCACAGAGUAACCAAUCACAAGGACUGUUCAGUAAAGUUAAAGGAAUGUUUGGAUAUGGAGAUAAGAAAACAGUAUCUACAAAGCAAUGGAAAGUCAGUAAGAUGCCAAGCUCUGUUCUGAAUCUUGUUGUGUAUGCCAAGAAACAGAAUGAUGCAGAUUCAGCGCUACGAUCAUUAGAAGAGAGCUUGAUCAAUGAUUAUAAAGAAAAACUUAUUGAGGAUACUGUAAUUAAAGAGCUCUCCAAAGAACAAGAAGCCAAAAUUAUGAAGUUAGAAGAAACAUGUGAAGUAGAGAUAGACUUUAAUAAGAGAAUAGGUCGUAUCAAAGUCAGAGGUUUGAUAGAAAAUCUGUCCGAGGCUAUGGAUGAGGUCCACAAAAUUUUACGAGACGUUGACAGACAAAGACAGAAACAACAACAUGCUAAGUUAGUAGCAGACAUGGUGCAGUGGUAUUUUAUUUCUGUAGAAGAUACUGGACAAAAACUGGAGGAGUAUCCAGCAGAAGUUAAUCUAAUUUUAGAACAAGCAUUAAAAAAAAACGAACCACAGGCAUUCUUCCUCGAUAACAGUGGAAAUAAAUAUAUUGUGGACUUUAAUAAUUAUGAGGAAUAUCCUGAAGAUGAUCCAUCUGAUACUGUGGCUGUUCUCAGAAAGUCUAAAAUGACAGAUUCUGCUUUUGAUAUGCCAUCUAACUGGGCAUCCAUGGAUCAAAAUGAGAAUAUAAAGAUUGUUACAUUACAACCUGCUGAUAUGGAGUACCAAGAUGUGGUAAAAGAUUUCCAGACGAAUAUGGCAGGAAACUAUAACAGUAUUGUUAAGAUGGAGAAAAUACAGAACAGAACUUUACAGCAACAAUAUGUAGCUAAGAAAAAGUCCAUGGAUUCUACAAAUACUAAAGGGACUAAUAACGAACUGAAACUUUGGCAUGGUACAGCCAUGGAAGCAGUCGAUAGUAUUAAUACAUAUGGAUUUAACAGAAGCUAUUGUGGAAAGAAUGCUGUGGCAUAUGGUAAUGGAGUUUAUUUUGCUGUCAAUCCAACUUAUUCUGCUCAAGCCCAGUAUGCUCGUCCUGAUCCCAAUGGUAACAAGAGGAUGUAUAUGUGUAAAGUUCUAGUUGGAGAAUUCGCCAAAGGACAGGGUGGCAUGAAAGUACCACCACCUAAACCAGGAGCUGCUGGUGGCCAUAUUUUAUAUGACAGUGUUGUUGACAAUCCUCAGAGUCCUGGCAUCUUUGUUAUAUUCCAUGAUACUCAGGCUUAUCCUGAAUAUCUCAUUGUCUUUAAAUGAUACAGCAUUACUGUGUGCAAGCCAAUUUCAUAAAAUAUAUUUGAAUUCCAUAACAAAAUUUCAUGAAGUUUAUAAUUAUGAUAAUUUAACCAUUCUGACAUUUCUUAAAAGCAUGCUUACUAUAGUUAGCUGAAUUUCGUUUGUAAUGAAGUUUUGACAUUUUGAUAAUUUCAUCAAUAAGGGAUUAGAAAUUUCAUUAAAGCUUUAUCAUCAUGCAUACAUUUGCUUUUAUUUUGAGGAAAUAUUUAACCAGUUCUCAUGUGAUUGUAUAUUUGUGCAUUUUAAAGCUGCAUUCCUAACAAGAUUCAUGUUUUCUUCUCUAUGAUUAUACCAGUUUUUUACUUCUUUUUUCUGAAACUAUUACCAUAUAUUGGGUUUUUUCACAUAAGCUAAAGAAACGUGUCAAUUUCCUGUAUUUUUCGAAGAUUUAUCGCUGUAUGACAGUUUCAUACAUUAUAUUGUUAAUUAUCCAGUUUUCAUAAUAAUUAAAUUGGCUAAUCAUACAUGUCAUACCUUUUGACAACACAACAAUCAGUGACCUGUUAAAAAAAUGUGAAUUUGAGACGAUCUAUUGAUUGGUGUCAUAACCCGGACAUGUUACAUACAAUAUAAAGAUGAAAUAAAAUUUAUCACAUUUACACUGAUAUUUGUACAAAUAUGAUUAAAACAUACUCUGUUAUACCAUCACAAAAAUGAUCAAAAUUCCUUUUAAUUUGUAGCAUGUGGCAAUGUACAAAAUUUACUUUCCUUGAAAUUUCUCCGAAUUAUCUGUAUUUUAGUUUGUAGUUAUUGUACUCAUAUUUAUUUGUAAUGAUUCAGUCAAUGAGUUUAUGUUGUCUACAUAUUAUCAAUAUGAUACAGUGAUUUUUUCGGGUGUAUUUUCCCAUUCAGUGAAAAUUUAACCUGCCCAAUUUGGUCAUCAAAUCGUGAAAAAAAGCUGACACAAAAAAUUGAUGUACAGCGUAGUUUUUUUUAUAGAUAUGAUAAUGGCAAUAUUUACUUUUCUGUUCUAAAUACUGGCUGCUUUUAUCUCAUGUUAAAAAAUUUAAAUUUUCACAUUAAUAGGAACUCCUUUUUUGACAGUUGUAUUAUUCAUAUGUAUUCUAUAACUUUCAAAAAAAGAUAUUUUUUAUCUUGGUAAUAUUAGACAAAACUAGAUAGUCUAAACGAUCAAAUCAUAUGCUCCAUGCAGACAGAUAGACUUUCCCUCUACAGUUUGAAAUUGUCAUGAUGUAUGAUUAAUUCUGAUUUUCUCUUGAUGUUUAUGCUUAGAUUGUUCAGACAAUAGCCAUACUACAUGACUGUGAUAUGUAAUGAAGACUGUUGUAAUUUGAUUGUUUAGGUUUCAUGGAAUUUCUGUGUACAACUCAUUUUGUAUAAGUAACUUUGAUGUGCUUUAUUUAGAUUCCAUGGAAUUUCUGUGAAAAAAACUUAUUUUGUGUAAGUAACUUUAAUGUGCCAUUGUUUGAAAUAAAUUAAUCCAAGCAAA